AUGACUGGGUGCACAGCAGACUACGUUCGGCCGUCGCGGCGAGGUCAAGCUCCUUCGGCAAGCCGCCUCUAUCCGAACUUCUACAAACCCCGAGCAGGAGAUCCUCCAGAGCGAGGAGCGAACGUCCAGGACUUCGGCCGAAACAUGAUAGAGCGGAAAUCUAUUCGGUACCCCAUUCCUUACUUGACGAGCGAUUCCUCUAGGGCCAACUGGACACAGGUCGCCCGAGCGGACUCAAACCUGUCUUCGAUCUCGCUCUCUGACUCGCGCAGUGGAGCAGUCGCUGGAACAGAACAGAUUCGUGAGAACGCCACGUGCCACUUUGAAACCGUCUCUCCGUGCGCACAACCACUCAGUGUCGUGUACAAGAGACGAGACCUGGAACGGAUCCCAGCCUCCAUGGCGUUCCGCCACCACCACAACGGCGAUGAUCCCGUUUACUUCGACAUGCCUCCUUCGCCGGCGGCGCCGGCUCCUUCCUACCUGCCGGGGGAGCAACGCCAUCAGAGACGGUAUUGGAGUUCUGUGGUGAACUCGCCAGAGCCGCCACGGCGGCUCCGCUCCCUCAUCUUUCAUCCCGGCGCAUGCUCAUUGUCGCCGCUGGAUCUUGCUAAUGGAAGAGCGAGAGCGCACUCGAAAGAAGAAUACACAUCGUACGCAGAGAGCAGAGCAAAACGGGCACAUGGAACUACUGCAGCUCUGAAGAAAGAGGGGAGGGCCCACGGAGUGGAUCGCAGUGAAGGAACUAUGACCAGGUUGAGGUCGUCUAGCCUUGGAACGCAGGACGCAUAUUUAAGGAGUAGCUUCUUCGCCAAGGAUCUUGAACGGCAUAGGAGGCGAGGCAGCGAGGACACUGGCUAUUCGCCUCCCUGGGAGAGUACCUCAUCCGAGGAACAGCAUGUACCCCUCCCGAUGCCUUUCUGGGGAGAGUUUGAUUGGUACCCCCCCCUCAAAGUUCCAAUGGGUCGAGUCCAAGCAUUUUCGCAGCCUUUGGCUAGAACGCGUGUUCCCUUGUACGAGAGUGGAUUCGUCGGGAAGCACGAGGUUUGCUGA